GGAAGGAGUUUGUUGCUGUUUUAAUUCCUGUGAUUUAGAUUUAAUUUUGAAAGCAUUUUGAUAUUUACGAACUGUUCGAAGUGAGCAAUUACGGAGACUGAUAAGACUAAUGGACAGUACGUCCAUUAUUACUCAAGUUAGCCGGGAUGAGGAACAAUUGACAAGCUUUCCUCCCGAAAGAGGAACUGAAUUUGACAGCCAAACAUACUCAUUUGAAGAGAAUAUGGAUCUAGACCUACCUCAUUUGAUGGAUGAUGGUGGUGGUAUGAUAUUGACUUUGUUUUUACAGCCCAUUAAUAAUGCUGACUUCGUAGUUCCUGUUGAAAUUGAUGGCAUUGUUCAUCAAGUUUACGUAUUAAAAAGGCCUUAUGUGGAUGAGUUUUUAAGAAUAAUGGGAGAGCUUUAUGAAUGUGUUUUAUUCACUGCAAGUUUAGCCAAAUAUGCUGACCCUGUAGCUGACUUGCUAGACAGGUGGGGAGUUUUCCGAGCAAGGUUGUUCCGAGAAUCUUGUGUCUUCCACAGAAAUAACUAUGUAAAGUUACCAGUGGAGAGCAAGUACUUGCUACCUCCCAUAAAGCCUCAGGACAUGUGUAAAAUAUGUAUGGUUAUUGACCUGGAUGAAACUCUGGUUCAUAGCUCUUUUAAG